AAGGUGUAUUUUCUUGCCCAUGGCGGCAGGGUUCAAGGUUCGCUAUACUUCACCAGAAAGCGAGCCAUGGAGUACGACCUCACCGGCUGGGUGCGCAACACUGAUAACAACAAGGUCGAGGGCGAGGCCCAGGGCACAGAGGAAGCCAUCAGCAACUUCCUCAAGAACGUCGACAACGGGCCCAACCAUGCUCACGUCGUGAGGCUGGACAGAGAGGAGCGCGACGUGGUCGAGGACGAGGCGGGUUUCGAGGUGCGCCGCUGA